ACUCUUCGCUUCUCUUUUCCAGGUGGCCAUUCUCGCUGGUCAUCUCCACCUUGCGACUGUUGCUGCAAGGGUCACAAAGGUGAAGGCGAAGGUGAGAGUGGAACCUCAUUCAACGAGCUCUCCACCUCCAGCUCUGAGAGCCACUCCGAGGCCAGCUCCCCGCAAGGUACGGUCAUCCGUGGCCCGGUCAGCCGGCAGACACACGUUCAAACAUUGGACAGGCCUCCAAAGAAAGGCCCCGUUCAGCAUCUCCUGCAACAGCAGCAGUCCGAGCAGCGCCGCAAGAGCGACCUUCUCCGGACGCUCACCGGAAGUUCCCGGGACACCAGCACCUCCAAGAAACGGCCGGCGAAAGAAAAGUUGACUGUGGAAGAGGAACUGGACAAAUGCAUCAAGGACUUCCGCAAGAUCAAGAUUCCUGCGCAUUUUCCCGAGCGCAAGUACACGUGGCAGGUCGACCUCUUGCGCAAAUACCGUCUUUGAGGGACGGCGGCUUUCAACCGUUUUCAAACGCAAGCUACAAUAAUGUAUGUGCUCACUACUACAACUACACACCACACUACUACUGCCUCUGACUUUUCGUCAACGUCGGUCGAUCGACCACUUCAUCUCCUUGAAUGCUAAUUGUUUACUUGUAAACACCUGCAUUUUCGACUUCCAGAGAGACGCACGUGUUUCCGAAAGACACGCAGCUACUUGUCUCUUUGGUUUCGUUCUCCCCUGCUGAGCUACACAAAUGUGUGUGUAAUUGUGUGUUUGUUACAACUGAAUUUUUGACCUCGGUAUGUUAGUGGCACAGCGAUUGAGUUGAGGUGGCCCAGAGGUUGAAAGAUGAAUGUGUAUCCACCUCAUAAAUAAUGCAUGUGGUCCCAACUGUGCCCUUUCUAAGAAUAGCCACUGCCUUGGCGGAUGUGAGAGUGUGUUUCCUUUUCAAAACUCUGAUUAGCACAGGAGACCAAAUGUGUUUUCCCCUUUUUUGGAUUCUCCACGUUCCAUUUUCGUACCUCAGCUAAGCCACAAUCAGAGGCAGUAAAGACCUUUCCACAUAUGUCGUCUCUACGACAUAAAAGGGAUGUGGGUGGAAACUCAAUAGCAUGACAUGAAGGCGUCGAAACUGCUGCCUGAAACAUUGAUUUAAACACGAUAUUCCAAAUGGGAGUGGAUGAUGGCUUAUUCUUGAGGUCAAAGGUUAAAUGCUGAAUGUUUGGAAAAACCAUUUGACAGGAAAAUAUAUUCUGAAAGCAAUCACACACCGGACAACGCGGACAUAGUUUAGGGUUGUGCAAUCUUUUUUGCGGAAGACAUUUUUGCUGCUGUAUUCAUUCCAUCAAUAACAAUACUGAGCGAAUUUGAGAAAUGGAUGGCUUUGAUAAUAUGUUAGACAUAAUGAGACCUAUAUAUAGCUGAUGAUAAUUCAGUGGAAACUUAUUGGUGUAUGUUAUGGUUAAUAAUGUUUUUAGACACCUCAAUAACAAGCCGCUUAGAUAGCCUUUAUAUAUUUUUAUUUAUUUAUCUUUAAUACUAUUUAAAGUUUAGUUUAGUUCAACUUAAUCAUUUUGCAAGGUUUUGAAGGGAAUUUGGAAACCAAUAUAAGCAUCAUUACUUGCUGCUAUUGCGCUAUAUUUAUUUCCAAACGAUACUAGACAGACUUCGGUGUGUUAUAGCUACAAAUUUAUAUUAAUGCCAUACAUUUAUAUUCAAAUAACUGAUACCGAUGUUAAUUACAUCUGAUAAUUAUGGAAAAGGGAAUAAAUGAUUUGCCACUUGCACAAUUUAUUUUCCAUUCUUUCCCCCCUGCUAAUUUCCUAUAUAUUAUACCUUAACUGCCUGUGAUGAAGAGCCUUAACCUAAGUUUACCUAAAAAAUGUUUUUAAUGUUAUAUAGUCAAAAAUGUGACUGGAUGUUAAAAGAGAGGUAAAUCCUCACAGAUGCGGACCUUUUGAUUAGCAUUCCAUUUUCUGUGCUGAGAAUUUAUUGUUAGCUAGAAAAAAUAUCGAUGUAUUUAUUUAUUUCAUCAAAAAAUAAAUUAAAACAUCACAUUUAUUUUCUCUGGUUUUAGAUAAUACCCUAAAUGUAUUACCAUAUAUAGUAAUAUUGCUGUAACCUCACUGUGUGAAGUGUGAUGGACUCCAGAUGCACGCUUGUGAUGGGUGUAAAUGAUAGGCAUGGCUUGCAAACUUUAUUUUCUCAAAAAAGCCUUUUGAAUUCAAAUAUAAAUUAAGAUACAUUGGGUGCUAAUCAAAAUGUAGCCUCCAGCCUCUCGUUCCUAUAUUUAAAGAAGUCUAUUUAUAUGAAAUUAAAGGGCAGAGAGAAUAGCAUGUUAAAUAGAAUUUCUAUGAUUAUUAUCUGGGUACCUAAAGGAAACAGUAAAGUCAUUAUUUUAUUGCAUUGCACAGGUUUUCUGUUUUAUUCCAAACACUAACCGUACUGUCGAAUAAUAGCAUUGCAAAUCACUUGUAAAUAACAUGAUAAUGCAAUGUCUUUUAAAUGAAUUGCACUUGUAAACUGUAAGAGAUUAUUCUUUGAGCACUCAAGACAGCUAAAAUUACAAUAAAAGUGUUUGGAAUCCAUUGGAUUAAUGGCAAUUAUAUAUGUUAAUAUUUCUAAAGCACCAAAUGAAGCUAGAGUAAGAUAAUGGCCAAAGAGCUUUUUGUUGAGCUGUUAUAUCGUUAGCCUCAUAGCACAGUCAUAUUUCAAUGUCUUUGGAAAACAAGAAAAAACACAAAAUGACAUAGGCAAUUAAUGAAUAUAUAAUUAGCCUAACGAUAUGUAACACAUGAGCACAUCUCAUCUAAAGCACAAACUCACUGCCAUUUUUACCAGGAAGAAGAGUACCUGCCAUAGGCUUGGCUAAAAGACAUUUUUAUGGUAGCCAGACAGAGAGCCAUUGUGAAAAGUGUGCUUAAUCAAUGUGCACUUGCUUUAAAUCUUACAAUUAUAUGUGUGUGUGUGUGUGUGUGUAAAUAUAGGCCAGCUCUAUAU